AUGGUGCCCGCCCUGCCUCGGCCGGAGCCGUGCCAAAAGCGGGUUGUUUUGGAGGGGGGUGGGCUGCUUGGAAGAUCGGGGUUUGGGGAGGGGGGUCUUUGCAACACGUCAACAGGCAAGGCACACACACACAGACACAGACGGACACAACACACACACACAAAGACACAACACAAGAUACAGACACCGGUCCCUAAAUCCAGAAUACUCCGCGUUGGGGAGAAUCGGUGCGCAAAGGCGUCUGGAGGACGCACGAUUUGCCAUACCAGCCCCCUCUCAGCCCUCCUGAGACCCCUGGAAGAAGCGAACACUUUCCCCCUCUAUCCGAACCACAUCCCCACUAGCUUCUUGCAAAAAUGCUUGCUGACUGCCGGAUCGGCCUUCAUGUCUCUCUACAACCCCUAUCGUCACGAUAUGAUAGCUGUUCUUGGAGAGACCACGGGUUCGAUAGCGUUACAGAAUCUUUGGGAACAGAUGAAGAGGGACCCAGAAGGAAGACAAGUCCUACUAGAACGGCCUCGGAUCCGCCUCUCCACCCUGGAUGUAGCUGGACUUCGGGGGCUUCCCGACGGGACCUUCGGCCGAGAAUACAUUCGUUUUUUGGAUAACAAUAGGGUUUCUCCAGACACAAGGAUGCCCGCCCGGUUCAUAGACGAUAAAGACCUGGCGUACGUCAUCCAGCGCUACCGAGAAGUCCACGAUCUGCUACACACCCUCCUCGGCAUGCCCACCAACAUGCUUGGGGAAGUGGUGGUCAAGUGGUUUGAGGCUGUCCAGACUGGCCUGCCCAUGUGCAUUCUGGGAGCCCUCUUCGGUCCUUUACGCUUAAACACCAGAAAGUGGCACCUUUUGACCGCGGAGCUCAUCCCGUGGGCCGUUCAGAGCGGACAAAACGCAACCUGCAUCUUGAAUUUUUACUACGAGAAACGUUGGGAGCAAACGGUAGAAUCGCUUCGCCGCGAAAUUGGCAUUCUGUCGCCUCCCGGGCUUCAGGUUUGAGCUUCUACUGAGGCAACCACUGGCUUCCAAUUCUGGGAAACCCCCGAAUUAAAUUCUGGAAAUUAAACCCUCCGGCGAAGCUUAGGGUA